ACUCGUUUGCUUCUUCACGUCGCAAAAGAUAAACUCUUGGCCGAUUUCCUGUUGGCUGCGGCUAAGUGGACGCCUCCUCCUGUUUACACAUAAAAAAAAAAACAUUCUUCAGAAUCCGGUUCAUUCUUCACAGAGAUCAUCCUUCUGCAGGAUGACCCGUCGUGUGGCAGUGAUUGGAGGAGGUAGUUCAGGUCUGGCCUGUAUCAAGUGCUGUCUGGAUGAGGGCCUGGUGCCUGUCUGCUAUGAAAGCAGCGAUGACAUUGGUGGUCUGUGGAGGUUUAAGGAGAAUCCAGAGCCAGACAGGGCCAGCAUCUACCACUCUGUCAUCAUCAACACCUCCAAGGAGAUGAUGUGUUUCAGUGAUUUUCCCAUUCCUGCUCACUUCCCCAACUAUAUGCACAACUCCCUCAUCAUGGACUACUUUCGAAUGUAUGCCGAUCACUUCCAGCUCACCAAGCACAUACGCUUCAAUACCAAAGUCUUGCAGGUGAAGCAGAGAUCC